AUGGUAGCGAGCAAUGUUCGGACAUUUAAUUUACUUGACCCUGUAUUUGCAGUCUCGCAUUGUGAAUUGCAAAAGAGCCGAGCUGUGCUGUUCACGGUCACAAGAAUCUGGAUCACAGAUGGACUCCUUCCUAACGUGCUGCAAAAUGCCAUCCUCCAUCUUUCUCCCACUCUGUCAUCAACACCCCCUGAUCGAAGAAUGCUCUUGGUUUCUUAUGUCUCGAUCCAGCUAGACGGUCCAUACACCCACUUCCUGUGCCCGCCCUUCGACAGUUUCACAGAGUUUUCCAAGUCAAGUCAAGUCAUGCCAUCAUCACGAUCAUUACCCAGCAAACGUCCCGCCCUGCCGGAGCGCCUUGUUGCCGCGGAAGAUGAGAACCAUGAGGAAAACGUCUCACUCAGCGGUACCCAUGGGUAUCUCGUAACUUCGCCUGGCGUAAGAUGGCAUGUUGCCCACCCCUUGGUUCACCCAUUUCCCACAAUCCAGAUAUUUUUCACCGUUGCACCGACACCCCGUCCUCGGCACCGGGCGUCGCACAAAAAGAACCAGGACAGAGUUUUCGCUUUGAUCCAGAGCAAGGCACAGGUAACAUUUUCCAUCGUGGUAGCCGAACCCUGGGGGAAAAUUUUUCAAUCAUCCAAAACCGAAGCUAGCACGAGCAAGAGACUUCUAACCACACCUUACGCAGCACGUUCCCAGGCACGCAUAAUGUCCGGUAUGAUGUACCUGUCCGGCGCCAGCAAACCCAGCAAGGGGCCCCCCCGCCCAAAACUUCCAAGAAUAAAAACGACCCAUGUCCGGGAGAUCUUCCCCGUGGGCUCCACAGCCUCUCUCAGGCUGAGAGGCCUGAUACCUCUGCUCUGCCAUGCCCUGCCUUGUGCUGCCACCCCCACCGGCACAUCCCGCGCCCCGGUGCUGGCCAACGCUAUCCAAUUCGCAGAGCUCUGGGCACGCAGACUUGUAUCCGUAGUCCGUAACAGAAGGGAGAAUUGGGAUUAUGAAAUCAGGUUCUCACAGAAGAGACUUCACAACGGGAGGGAACUUGCACCUCCGUCGCCGAUACACUUACACUCUCUGGCCUGA